AUGGGGAGUGUGUGCCAGUUUGAAACAAAGUUCAAAGCAUCAGGGCUAUACAAAUCCGUGCGGAAAGCCGGCUGUGUUAACGCUGCAAAACUAAUAGUGGAACGACUAUUAAAUAAAAAGCAGAAUCCGAAGAUUCUUAUACCAGAAGAUACACUUGUACUAAACCCAGCAUUCUUCAUCAUAUGUGUUAUGGAUAUUUCACCGAUAGAAGCCUUCGCAGAUCUUAACAUCGCCGGUCUUGGACAAUACGAUAUCCUGGAAGAAGUACGGAAGCGCCGGACAAAUUUGAGAGAGCUUGGCCUAGAGUGUGGAAAAAUACCGUUGUCUGCACUCUUGAGGCUUCAGUCCAACCUGAAACCAGACAUAUUACAGAAUAACUGUUUUACAAUUUGUUUCGAUGAAACCUCCAGUCCAGAGGAGGGUCAGUUCCCUUCCAUCAACUGCACGGCGGGCCGUCUGAACCAGGCAAGGGAAGAAAGCUUAGUUUUUGCGACAAGCGGCGCCAACACCAACAGUGGUCUUGAGGCACAACCCACUUCGGCCGAGGCGGAGACUUUGUUGAAUAACAACAACAUCCCUCAAUUCAAUGCUACUCAGACUACCAACUACGGGCUCACAAACCAAAGUGCAGACGAGGUUAGUCCUGCGAGAGACUCGGGCUCACCACACGAUCAGAUUAGCCCGCUAUUUACUCCAUCGAGUUUCGUUGGUACCAAUGCCGAUGCCGAAAGGGGCCCAGAGGCGUCUUCGAGACUUCCGUCCGACGAGAUGAGCGUACAAAAUGCAAUCGAGCAUUCCUUCCCCAGCCACGAGGACACGGCCACUCAGACUGGCAGCAGCGGGGAGACUGGCCGGGGAAUGGAUUAUGUCCCCUUUCAAGGCAUUACGACAAACUUCGAUGACUCUACAACGGAAGUUGAUAACUCAAGUAGACUUGUUACCUCGGAUUGCCCUGACGCGGCGGACAGCCAUAAGCAGCGAGGAUUCUUGCCCCCCAUUAAGCAGUUACUUCAUAUCGCGGACAACCAGGGUCAAGAACCACAUAAUCUGCUUUUCUCUGGGCUACGAGUCGAAAAUAGCACCAUGCCCGCCGAGAAGUGUUGCUGUGGUGCCUACAGCAGCGCCAGUGCUGAAUUCUACUGA